GACACCACAGCUGGGGAACCAAGGGGUCUGGGUGAUCCUCGGGGGAGGGGUAGGAUGUGUCUCCCCCGCCCAACCUCCCAUGUCUGUGGUGAAGUCCAUCGAGAUAGUGCUGCCCCAAGAUGUGGUCUACCUGGCUGGCUCGAACAUAGAUGGGCAGGUAGUCCUCACCCUCAACAGCACCCUUGUGGACCCCGUUGUGAAGGUGGAGCUUGUCGGUAGGGGUUACGUUGAGUGGAACGAAGAAAUCGGAGAGACCCGUGAUUAUAGUAGAGAUGUUAUUUGCAAUAAUAAGGCUGAUUACGUACAAAAAACAAAAACAUUCUCAAUAAAAGGUAAGAAUUCAGCCUGGGGUGGGAAAAACCCCCUGUCUGUAGAAAGUGAGAAGAAGGUAUCCUACAACUGCUGCAGCCAGGGCUGGGUGAGCCUGCAUGUUCAGAUGAGCAAGAACACCUUUGUGCCAGGCGAGAAGGUGACAUUCACAUCAGAGAUCCGCAAUAACACGGGCAAGUACAUCAAGACCGUGGUGUUUGCCCUCUAUGCCCACGUGCAGUAUGAGGGCUUUACGCCAAAUGCCGAGAGGCGCCGGCGGGCAGACAGCAGUGAGCUACUGCGACAGAUGGCCAAUGCACGGAUUCCAGCCUUCAACAGUACCACAGUGGUUAGUGCCUUCAACCUACCACUGGUUCUGUCUGUGAGCAGUGGCUCCCAGGAGAAUGAGAUCAUGAGGACCAGCUAUGAGCUUGUAGUCACUAUCCACCUGCCCUGGUCCUUGUCGACAGUGAAAGCCAGGCUCCCCAUCAUUAUCACCAGCACUAGGGAGGACAAGGCCGACAGCCCCCAGGUGGAUGAGUUGCCACAUGACGAUCAACUGGUUUGAGUGCCUGAACAUUAAAUAUUAAAAUCUUAUUGUAACUCUGA